AAGGCGGGCUGCGGGGCAGAACGACCGGCCCCUUCGCGUCGCGCAGGGACAGAGCCGGGGUCUCUGUGCCUGGCCAGGCGAAGAGAGCGAGAGCGCGGCUCCCGGAGGCGGUGUGCGCCCGGCUGUCACCAUGAGCGACCAGGCUUUGAGCUUCCUGAAGGACUUCCUGGCUGGCGGCGUCGCCGCUGCCAUCUCCAAGACCGCGGUUGCCCCCAUCGAGAGGGUCAAACUGCUGCUGCAGGUCCAGCAUGCCAGCCAACAGAUCAGUGCUGAGAAGCAAUACAAAGGGAUCAUUGAUUGCGUGGUGAGAAUCCCCAAGGAGCAGGGCGUCCUCUCCUUCUGGAGGGGUAACCUGGCCAACGUGAUCCGUUACUUCCCCACCCAAGCUCUCAACUUCGCCUUCAAGGACAAGUACAAGCAGAUCUUCCUGGGGGGCGUGGACCGCCAUAAGCAGUUCUGGCGCUACUUUGCCGGUAACCUGGCUUCCGGUGGGGCAGCUGGGGCCACCUCUCUCUGCUUUGUCUACCCGCUGGACUUUGCUAGGACCAGAUUGGCCGCCGACGUGGGCAAGGGUGCUGCCCAGCGUGAGUUCACUGGCCUGGGCAACUGUCUCACCAAGAUCUUCAAGUCUGAUGGCCUGAGGGGUCUCUACCAGGGUUUCAACGUCUCUGUGCAGGGCAUCAUUAUCUACAGAGCUGCCUACUUUGGAGUCUAUGAUACGGCCAAGGGGAUGUUGCCUGACCCCAAGAAUGUGCACAUUAUCGUGAGCUGGAUGAUUGCCCAGACUGUGACGGCGGUCGCAGGGCUGGUGUCCUACCCCUUUGACACUGUCCGCCGUAGGAUGAUGAUGCAGUCUGGUCGGAAAGGGGCGGAUAUUAUGUACUCUGGGACAGUGGACUGCUGGAGGAAGAUUGCAAAAGACGAAGGACCCAAGGCUUUCUUCAAAGGCGCCUGGUCCAACGUGUUGAGAGGCAUGGGCGGUGCUUUUGUAUUGGUAUUGUAUGAUGAGAUCAAAAAAUAUGUCUGAUGUAAUUAAAACUCAAGAUCAUUGGUUCCAGA